AUGUCGGAUUGGGGGCCAGUGUUUGUGGCCGUGGUGCUUUUCAUACUGCUCACGCCGGGGUUGCUGAUUCAGAUACCAGGAAAACACCAGCUCGUGGAAUUCGGCAACUUCCAGACGAGUGGAGUUUCCAUUCUGGUUCAUUCCAUCCUCUAUUUUGCUCUAAUAUGCGUCUUCUUGUUAGCUGUUGGUGUCCAUGUGUUCAUGGGCCAAGAGUCAUAUUAUGAUGGUCGAAUGAUAACAGACCCUCACCGACUCACCAAAGUCUAUCGCCUCGCCUGCUUACAAAAUGUUCCAAAACGCUUGGUUCUUUUGGUUUCUUCUGAGAAAGAAAUGGCUGACUGGGCUCCCGUACUGAUCGGCGUCGUGCUGUUCGUGCUGCUCACGCCGGGGCUUCUCUUUCAGCUACCGGGACACAACCGACAGCUGGAGUUCGGCAGUUUGAAGACCAACGGCAAGGCCGUAGCUGUCCAUACUCUUAUCUUCUUUGCUAUCUACGCUGUCCUCAUCUUGGUCGUCCGCGUCCACAUCUACACUGGCUAGCUAAUCCCGGUUUUUCUCUCUGCUUCUCAAGGGUUUCGGUUUCUGUUCUAGAUCUAUGUAUGCGUUUUUUUUUUUUUUUUUUGCUGUGAUACAUGUGAUACUUCGUCAGUCGGAUAUACAAAAAAACACAGAUCUGUCUGUCAUGAUUCGGUAAUUAGAUUUCUGCUGUUCAUUAUGCA